AUGGGGCUGGGUUCCUACAACGACGGCAACAGAGGCGACAAACACCACUUUGCAACGUCGCCGAACUGUGUUGCUGAACUGAAGAGUAUUAGAUUUCAGUUGUUUGUUGUAGUUUGUUUUGCAACCUCGCCGAACUGUGUUGCUGAACUGAAGUUUAGGGACAGCAGCAGUUUUACCACCGAUGGUGUUGCAUGUAAGCUGGAUGUUCUCAUUGUUCUGUUGGCUCUGAUCGGUGGCCAGUCUAUGGUAAAUCUAAUAGUUGCUCUUGAUAGUGAUGCAGGAUGUGAGAGAAGGAAAACACUCGACGAUCUGGCUCUGUCUCAGGUAUAUGCUCCCUCGCCCGCAAGAUCCGCUCUCUCCCAUCUACGCAUCGCAACAGCACUUCAGCUCCUCUUGUGGAUUCUCACCAGAUCAGGCCACCUCACUCACCUUCAGGACCUCGCCGGCAGAUCCCUCAGCUAUCAGGGAAGGCAGCCAUCAGCGGAGAUUGAGGGCGCCUCUCCGGCGAGAGUGCUCAUGUCGUGGUGGUUUUCCACCAGCAGCGUGGGGGAGGCGGUGUCCUCUGCAGCUAGGUCUACUUACUGGCGACCUCACCAUCACCAGCCCACCUGCAGGUCUCAAAAGGUCUGCUGUUCCUGGAUGGUGCGUGUGAUAGCUGCAUAUGAGGAUGUACGAAGGAUUUGGCUGCGAACUCAAUCAGACCAUUGGAUUGAAGCUGAAGGGGGCAUUGCAAAGAUACGAAGGAAUGGCCUUUCGUUCAUAACCUGGUCAGCUACACAACAUCUGGUCGUACAUGUUUCUGUUGCAGCGGCCCAGUUACGUGGAGAAGAAUGGCAUACGCUGAGGAUUGUGUCAGCUGAUUUUCUAACUCAUGGAUUCUCAUUUAUCUCUUCAAUUUACACAAGGAGGUGCAUUAUCAGCUCUUAUGUAUUUUCUUAAUAACCGUUGAUAGGAAUGACAACUAUGUUGAGAUGUGGUAGACCAUUGAAUGACUUUUGGUCCAGAAUGAAAAAUAGAGGCAUAAUUAUUGUAAUUUUGUUGCUGCUAAUUUCUUUCAAACGAAGCAUGGCUUCUAAUCCACAAA